AUGCUGGCGGAAUCGAUUGCGGGGGUCGCGGAAGAGGGGUCCGCGGAAGAGGCGAAAGGAUAUCAUGGGCGGCAGUCGUGGCUGACGAGUGUGGAGUGGUUUGUGUCGUGGCCGCUCAGACGACUCAGCCACCCGUGGCGCAAGCGAGUGCUGUGGCUGUGGGUGGUGAUAGCCGCAGCCAUCCUGUCGCUGGUGUUUGCAGUGGCAUGGCAGCACGCGCAGGGCGAACGAGAGGGACGACCUGGAGGGGCACUGCGACGAGUGGGGGCGUUCAUCGAAGCCAAGUUCAACACCACUGCUGCCAACACACGCUCUGUCUCGGACUUCAUCCGCGCCUAUUACCUCGAUAACAUGAGGGAGGACUUUCUCGAUGUGGAGAAAUUCCAGCGCUUCACUCAAGCCACUCUCGACGGUCGACCCAUGGCGUCAUGUGAGUUGCAUGUGGUGUGCUGUGACUGA